ACAACACAACCAACCAUGAGUGACACACUUUUCUUUGCAACAACCCCAAAACGCAGCCGUUCCGACGAAACUGGCAGCGGCGAUGCCAAGAAAUUGUCAUCUGCUACCAACCGCCAUGACCCAGCUGCUGCACUUGCGAGUGCGCGGCACGAGUUUGGAGAACACGGCGGGGUUAACAUGUCGAUCGAGGCUUCCGCCACGUUCACGGUGAUGGAGCCAGAGACCAUGCGGCGGAUGUUCUCCGGAGAGCUUGGCCCCGACGGCGACUACUUUAUUUACAGCCGCCACUUUAACCCGACGGUGCUCAACCUCAGCCGUCUCAUGGCCGCCCUCGAGGGAACCGAAGCCGCCUACUGCACUGCCAGCGGCAUGUCCGCCAUCUCCGCCGUCCUCCUCCAGCUCUGCUCCAACGGCGGUCACAUUGUUGCCUCCCGAGCACUCUACGGCGGCACUCACGCCCUCCUCCGCCACUUCCUCCCUAGGGCGUGUAACAUUACGACGAGUUUCGUGGAUGUUGACGACGUGGAGAUGGUGGAGAAGGCUAUUGUGGAGGGGAAGACGAAGGUGCUGUACUUCGAGUCGGUGUCGAACCCAACGCUGAGGGUGGCGAACGUGCCGGAGCUGAGUAGGGUGGCGCACGGGAAAGGUGUGACGGUGGUGGUGGACAACACGUUCGCUCCGAUGGUGCUGUCUCCGGCAAGACUGGGUGCUGACGUGGUGGUUCAUAGUAUCUCCAAGUUUAUCAGUGGUGGGGCCGAUAUCAUUGCAGGGGUUGUGUGCGGGCCUGCAAGCCUAGUGAAUUCGAUGAUGGACCUCCACCAAGGGACCCUAAUGUUAUUGGGCCCAACAAUGAACCCAAAGGUGGCAUUCGAGCUCUCAGAGAGGAUCCCUCACUUGGGCCUAAGGAUGAAGGAGCAUUGCCACCGUGCACUUGUGUUUGCAACAAGGCUGAAAAAUCUGGGCUUCAAGGUCAUAUACCCAGGCCUUGAAGACCAUCCCCAUAAUGAGCUCUUGAAGUCAAUGUAUAACAAGGAGUAUGGGUUUGGUGGGCUUCUUUGCAUUGAUAUGGAGACAGAAGAGAGGGCCAACUGGCUCAUGCACCACUUGCAAAACCAUGGGCAAUUUGGGUUCAUGGCUGUGAGCUUAGGCUAUUAUGAGACCCUAAUGUCAUGCUCUGGGAGUAGCACAAGCAGUGAGAUGGAUCCUGAGGAGAGGGCCCUGGCUGGAAUCUCACCGGGCCUAGUUAGAAUGUCAGUGGGCUAUAUUGGGACCUUGGAGCAGAAGUGGAGUCAGCUUGAGAAGGCGCUUAUUAGACUCCAAGAACAUGGGCUAAACAAGAAUUGAAGCACUCUGCAUUAAUGUUUCACUGUUUUGUCACUUCUUUUAAUGCGAUAAUAAAGCUUGUGUUCAAGAUCAUACGUACAAAUAUGUUUAUGUUUAUAUUUUGAAUUUCGUCCAUUAAGACGUGGCAACUUUAACUUUUGUGUUAGGAUUGCUAAGAGUAGCGUGAAAUCGAAUUUAUUCUGGUAUAGAUUUGACUCUAAAUAUUCACCUGC